CACCUGGCAGCUCAAACGCCUCAAGACAUUCUCAUUCCUCUACAAUAUCUUCUCCGUCUGCCUCUCCGACACAGAGAAGACUGAUCGAAGAGACGCUAGCUCCAAGAGAGGCAGAUCCUUGCAAAGCGCACAGCAUGAUCCCAAGAGCGCCGAGCCUCUUCCACCUCGAGGAGGGGGUGGGCGCCUCCACCUCGACGCCAAUAAUGGCGGCGGCCUCCGGCGCCGCCGGAGAGCUCGUCGGGCUCCGCCUCAUCAUACAGCCGUCGCCGAGGAAACAGCGCCCGACGGUCCUGAGGAGAUCGGCGGUGCGGAUCGCGGCGGCGGCGAGCGCGUCCAGCAAGUGCGGCCACGAGAACGGCCGGAUGUUCGUGGGGCUCGAGUUUUUGAAGCGCUGCUUCUGCUGCCACAAGAACCUGGACGCCACCAUGGACGUCUUCGUGUACAAAGGGGAGCAAGCGUUUUGCAGCGCCGAGUGCCGGUGCCAGCACAUGGCGAAAGAGGAGCGGCGGGAGAUCGAGAUGCUCAUCAGGAAGCGCCGCGACGCGUUCCACCGUCGGCACGCUGCGGCGGCUCCCAAGAUGCAAGGAUCGAAUCGGCUCAUCAUGAGACUGCAAACCGCUGCACGAUGAUCCUUACACACAUAUGUUGAAGACAACUUCUGUUAUUGCAGUCUCAUAUACGGUGAAAAUUUUGUUGCCUUUCUUCAAAUCAGAACAGAAGAGUGCCUUUGUUCAGUCUGAAUUGAAGAGAAAGCUGUCGCUGUGGGAUGGAUAUUACUGUGGACACUUGUUGACUAGUAACGUCAACCAUGUGUUGUCAAUCUUUGUACCUUUUUGUAUGUAGAUGAGUCAAGUUAAGGAGGUUUGACGGGCUAGAAAAAUAAAAUGAAAUAUAUUUAGAAUCA